AUGAAGGCUAUCACUGGUGCACCAUCUAAUCUAUUCGAGGGACUGUACAGAGCCCUUAAUCUUAAUACUUCAGACUCUCAGGCAGAUCACAUUCGCCUCGUUGAAGAAUACCUGACCAAGGCAACAUGGAAAGGCGCUGAGAACGCCAACUCGACCUACUCCCACCAGGGAUUGAUGCAAUAUGUCUCGGGUCACAUCAUCUCUGACUACUGGCUAAACAGUGUGUACACAGAAGAGAUCCGACAGUAUAGUAACGAGAAUCGUUUUCAUAUCCAUGAUCUUGGCUUCCUCAGCGCUUACUGCUCCGGAUGGAGCAUCGAGGACAUCCUGCUACAGGGAUUCGGCGGCGUCGAAAACAAGAUCCAGUGCCGGCCACCAAAUCAUCUCAACACAGCCCUCAAUCAGACGGUCAACUUCCUCUUCACGCUGCAAGGCGAACUCGCCGGCGCCCAAGCCUUGUCCAACUUCGAUACAUACCUCGCGCCAUUCAUCCGCCAAGAUGGCCUGACGUACGUCGAAGUAUUCAAGUACGUCCAGAGCUUCGUAUACUCGCUUAACGUCCCCACACGGAGCGGCUUUCAAGCGCCCUUCACCAACAUCUCGAUGGACCUCAUCUGUCCCAAAAGCCUCGUGGGGCAUCCGGUGAUCAUUGGUGGGAAGUAUCACGAGGAAUGGGUGUAUGAUGACUUCCAGGAAGAGAUGGAUAUCUUCAAUAGGGCAUUCACGGCAGUUAUGGUUCAGGGAGAUGGUAAUGGGAGCAUCUUUUCCUUUCCAAUCCCGACGUAUAACCUCUGGGAAGGCUUUGAUUGGCAAUCUCCGCGGUUUGAAUCCAUUUGGGAGAUGACUGCCAAGUAUGGUGUCCCAUACUUUGCCAACUUCAUCAAUAGUGAUCUGAACCCCGAGGACUUUCGCUCGAUGUGCUGCAGGCUUCGACUUGACGUCAGCAAGUUGCACAGUCGGGGAGGCGGGCUGUUCGGCGCAGUACCGCUGACGGGAUCUAUCGGUGUCGUGACUCUGAACUUACCCAACCUUGCCAUGCGCUCUAAUGGCACCAAGGAGUCUUUUUUCGCUGUGCUUGCUGACACACUCCGAGUAGCCAAGGAUUCGCUCGAGAUCAAGCGCAAGAUCGUCGAUGGGCACUCUGCAUUGUACCCGUACGCGGCUCACUAUCUCUCUGUCAUCAAGAAGAGAACAGGAUCGUACUGGACCAAUCACUUCAGUACCAUUGGAGUCAAUGGCAUGAAUGAAGCUCUCAUCACCUUGUUCGGAGAUGGCAUCGUGGGAAAGAAGGACUUUGCCAUUGAGGUGCUUGAGUUCAUCAAAGAAGAACUCCAGCAGUUUCAGAACGAGACAGGGAAUCUCUUUAACCUCGAGGCUACACCUGCGGAGAGCACUAGCUACAAGCUAGCUCAAAAAGACAGAGAGCUCUUCCCGGGGAAGGACAUUCCGAGCUUCUACACAAACUCCACAGCGCUGCCUGUCGACGCAACGGAGGAUCUAUUUGAGGCCCUGGAUCAUCAAGAGAAGCUGCAGUGUGCCUACACUGGAGGCACCGUCUUCCACGCGUUCCUUGGCGAGAGACUGUCGGGAGGGAAGCAAGCCCGAGAUCUCGUCCAAGCAAUCGCAUCGCGCUACCGCAUUCCUUAUAUCUCACUGACGCCCACUUUCAGCAUCUGCAAGUCUCAUGGAUACAUCACUGGGGAGUGCCCGCAGUGCCCGAAAUGCGGCGAAGAGGCUCUUGUGUACUCCCGUAUUGUAGGCUACUUCCGGCCUACGAGAGACUGGAAUAAGGGGAAGAAGGAAGAAUUUGCUAUGCGCAAAUACUAUCGAUACACUGCUCCAGCCAGUGCAUCCUCUGCUAUUACGCAGCUUCCAUCAAUCGCAGACAUCAAGCCUCCGGUGGCAGGAUACACCAAGCUGACGCUGAGCGACUAUCCUGGCAAGCCUCAAGCUUCGAUCAUGUUCACUUCACGGUGCAACCUAGCUUGUCCGUGGUGUCAUAACGGACCAGUCGUUCGGGGUCGACGAGACGAUGUCACGAUCCAGGAUGUGCUGAAACAUAUCACAGCCUCGCAACAUAAAUGCCUCGUCGUCUCUGGAGGCGAGCCAACAAUUCAUGCUGGUCUGCUACCCUUCCUUCGCGUUCUCAAGGCUGCAGGUAUCAGUGUCAAGCUUGACACGAACGGCACUUCGCCGGACGUACUACGACAAGUGUAUACUGAAGGCUUGGUUGAUUUUGUUGCCAUGGACCUCAAGUGCAAGUUGGACAGGUACAAAGAAGUUGCUGGGCGAGCAGUUGAUCCGGCCGUGCUGGAGGAGAGCAUCAACUUGAUCAAGGACUCAGGUGUUCCGUAUCAGUUCCGCACUACGGUGGUUCCUGAUCUUGUUGAUAUUGAGGACGUGCUGGAGUGCAAGAGGCUCGCAGACGGGGAACUGACAGUCCAGAAAUUCAGGAAGGGUGGUUCGAAUCUACACUCAAGAUUCAGGGAUGCGAGAGAGCAUACUGAUGAAGAGUUUACGACGAUCCUGCAACGGGUUAACAGGGAUAGGUGA